GUCAAGCGUGAGGUGAUAUCUGCAUUAUUACAUUAUACAGCAAUAUCUUCAUCAUCAUCAUCAUCAUCAUUCACCAUCAGGAGCCAUGUUUGCUCGUCCUCUUCUGCUGGUUCUGCUGGUUCUUGCCUGCCAUCAGUACUUCACAACUGCCCAGAGUGCAAAAGGACCAGAGGACUGUUGUUUCAAAUUCUAUAAGAAAGUGAUACCUAUAAAAGUCAUUAAAACCUACGUAAAUACAAGCAAUGACUGUCCGAAAACUGGAAUCAUUUUUACUACCCAGAAUUCCAGCCGCGUGUGCGUGGACCCAGGCUUUAAGUGGGUUCAGCGGGCCAUUGAUUUAGUUGACCAGCGCCUGUAUGAAAGCUCAACUUAAACUCUGCGGAGCUGUUAAAUCCCUUAUCCAUUAAUCGGAAGAUUUCUUUACAUAUUCCAUUAUUUUAUCAAAAUAAAGUGUUUAAUGGGAUAAAGCUUAUCAGUAUAUAUAUCACCUUUUGCUGAAAUUAUUUUGCCAUUAUGUAAGCCAAAAUUAUUCCUUUUAUCUUAAAGUGCAUUUUAUCACUCAUUAUUGCUUUUUUAUUUGUUAAAUAAAGCCACAUAAAAAAA